GUUUAUUUUGAAAGGUCUUCACGAGGUUUCGUCUCUGACACCAGUAGUGUUUGGGGAAGAUAUUCACAGACGCACACGGGUUACUUCCUGUUGUAUCAGUCUGUCAAAAAGAUGAUCCACAUGCCAAGAAUAAAAUAAUAAACUUACGUGCGUCACUCAGGAUGUGGAGGGCAGGACGUGUCCUGAGGCUGACAGCCACAGGAGAAGCCUCCUUGUGUUCCAGCAAGCCAGCAAAACCUUCUUUGUCCACUUCACCUCAGUCCAACUGCUCUCCGCGGUCUCAGGCAGAGAAGCAGAGACGGAGACGAGAGCGCGAAGAGGUCAUACUGUCAAAUGCACACUCAGCCGCUAAAGAUGAAGCAGUGAGAUGGAGUGAGAAGCAGAAGACGGUGUACGCCGCUCAAACGCCGCCCGGGACAAAGAAAGACACCCUGUCUCCAUUCCCGUCUUCUUACUGUCCGGAGUAUGUGGAGUCCAGCUGGUAUCAGUGGUGGGAGAAAGAGGGAUUCUUUCGUCCAGAACAACAUGAGAAGCUGGGUCACCGCGUGGAUCAGACCUUCGCUCUGUGCAUGCCGCCACCAAACGUGACUGGUACUCUGCACCUGGGCCACGCUCUCACUGUAGCUGUGGAGGACGCUCUGGUUCGAUGGAGGAGGAUGCAGGGCUACAGAGUCCUGUGGGUCCCUGGAUGUGACCACGCAGGUAUUGCAACACAGACGGUGGUGGAGAGGAGGCUGCUGAGGGACAGAGGCAAGCGCAGACAGGACUUCACCAGGAAACAGUUUCUGCGUGAGGUGUGGGAAUGGAAGAAGGAGACCGGGGACGAGAUCUACCACCAGCUGAGGAGGCUCGGAGCGUCUCUGGACUGGAGCAGAGCCUGUUUCACCAUGGAUCCAGCUUUCAGCAGGGCCGUGACUGAGGCCUUCGUCAGGCUCAGUGACUCGGGUCUCAUCUACCGCUCAGAGGCUCUGGUCAACUGGAGCUGUGCUCUGGAAUCGGCCAUCUCUGACAUCGAGGUUGACUCAAAGGAGCUGUCGGGACGAACCAUGCUGUCUGUUCCUGGUUAUGACGAGGAGGUGGAGUUUGGAAGCCUGCUGACCUUCGCCUACCCUUUAGAAGGCCACGAUGGAGAGGUGGCGGUGUCCACCACCCGUCCUGAGACCAUGCUGGGAGAUGUGGCUAUAGCUGUUCACCCUGACGAUCCUCGGUAUCAGUGUGUGCAUGGGAAGCAGUGCAGACACCCGUUCACCAACCAACUCCUGCCUAUCAUCACUGAUUCAAUGGUGGACAUGGAGCUGGGAACAGGUGCCGUGAAGGUAACCCCAGCUCAUGACCACACGGACUUCCUGCUGUCUCAGAGACAUUCAUUGCCACGCAUCACUGUGAUUGGAGGAGAUGGGACCAUGACUCCGCCCUGUGGAAAAUGGCUUAAGGGAGUGAAGCGGUUUGAUGCCAGACAGAUGAUUGUGGAUGCCCUGGUCGAGAAGGGGCUGUUCAGAGAGAAGAAGACUCACCCCAUGACCUUACCUGUCUGCAGCCGCUCAGGAGACAUCAUUGAACCUCUUCUAAAGAAGCAAUGGUUUGUAAGCUGUGAAAAACUGGCUGAAAAGGCUAUCCAGGCUGUGGAGGACAGGCAGCUGGAAAUCAUCCCUCACUACUACACUAAGACAUGGAAUAACUGGCUGUCCAACAUCAGUGAUUGGUGCAUUUCCAGGCAGCUUUGGUGGGGUCAUCAGAUUCCUGCUUACCAAGUGAUGUUUCCCAAUUCUUCCAACAAACAUGAGGAGCUGUGGGUUUGGGGACAGAAUGAGGACGAGGCCCGACAGAGAGCUGCCGUUAAAUAUGGAGUGAAGCCAGAAGACAUCACGUUGACUCAGGACCCUGAUGUCCUGGAUACUUGGUUCUCCUCAGGGCUCUUUCCCUUUGCAAUGCUCGGCUGGCCUGAGCAGACCAAUGACCUUCAGCGCUUCUACCCGAGCUCCAUUCUGGAGACGGGCAGUGACCUCCUCUUCUUCUGGGUGGCGAGGAUGGUGAUGCUGGGCACAGAGCUGACUGGACAGCUGCCCUUUAAACAGGUUCUCCUCCACUCUAUGGUGAGAGACAAACAUGGCAGGAAGAUGAGCAAAUCUCUGGGAAAUGUCAUUGACCCAUUAGAUGUUAUACAUGGAGUUUCUCUCGAGAGGCUUCAACAGAAAGUGAAGGAGGGAAACCUCGACCCCAGGGAGAGACUGGUUGCCAUGGGAGCUCAGAAGAAAGACUUCCCCAAAGGGAUCCCUGAGUCUGGGACUGAUGCUCUGAGAUUCGCCCUGUGCUCUCACAAAAUGCAGGGAGAAGACAUCAGUCUGUCCAUCUCUGAGGUCCUGAGCUGCAGACACUUCUGUAAUAAAAUGUGGCAGACGCUGAGAUUCACACUAGGAGUGCUGGGUGACAACACAACACCAGUGGGAACUCUGGAGGAGACGAGUGCUGUGAGCAGUUUGGACCGCUGGAUCUGCUCCAGACUCUACAGCACCGUAGUGGAGUGUGAGACGGCCCUGGAAGCCUACGAGCUGCAUGCUGUCACUUCUGCAUUGUACUCCUUCUGGGUCCACAGCCUGUGUGACGUCUACCUGGAGUAUGUGAAGCCUGUGCUGCUCCAGCAGGAGGAAGCGGCGCUGGCCCUUCCUGACAGGCAGGCGGCCACCAGCAUCCUGUAUCACUGUGUGUCUACGUCCCUGGCCCUGCUCUCCCCCUUCAUGCCUUUCAUCACUGAGGAGCUGUGGCAGAGACUUCUGCCGUUCCAACCCCAAGCUGCUGCCCAGGCCACUCUGUGUUUACAGCCGUACCCCUGCUCCUCUCAGCUGGCACACUGGCAUUUCCCUGAAGAGGAAAAGGAUUUCCUACUGGUGCAGGAAGUGAUCCGAGUGGCCCGGUCACUACGAGCCCAAUGUGCCAUGACAAAAGAAAAACCAGCCAUGUGGGCAGUGUGCUCACCCAGCCAGGCCAAGGUCCUCCAUCACUUUGGCUCAGCUGUUUGGACCUUAAGCCGGAUCUCUAGCCUUCAUAUCUACUCUCCUGGAGCGGAGCCGCUCCUCCAGGUCCACUCCACCCCCCCACCUGUAGGGAGCCUUGUCGGCGUGGUGGACCACACAUGUCAACUACACCUUUACAUUCAGAGUGGAAUGAACAUCGAUAAGCAGAUACUGCAGCUCAGCCAGCGCAGAGACAAGCUGGUUCCAAAGCUGGAGAAACUCCUGUGCAGAGUCCAGUCUCCAGACUACCUGUCCAAGGCCCCUGCUCAUGUCAGGCAGCAGAUGGACACUAAGACAUCUGCUCUGCAGCAGGAGCUGAAGGCCAUUGACGACCAACUGAAGGUCCUGCAGGAGACUCAAUCCAAAGAGUAACUACAGCUGCUGUGGACAUGGUUAAUUAUUUAUAAUGUUGUCUGAGCUGGAUGGAAGGACAUGUUUCAUAGUAUCAUGUGCCAGUGUCAAAAUGAUAUUGCAAUAAGGAAGUUAUGACAGGCCAUUAAUCCUUUUAUAUGAUCAUUGUUUUUUUUUUAAAAAUCAGCCAAACUCAACCAACUGUUUUUGUGAAAAUACACAUAUUCACAGAUGGAGUCUGAUGUGGCCACACUGGAACAGUAAACCUGAUACUCCAGUAGAGAUGUUACUCCACACAUAAACUGUACACUAAUGGUAUCUUAACAGGAAACCAGGAGCCCCAACUCACUGUUUGUUAACUGACUGGAGCCUAAUCAUUUACAUGAAAGUCCCACAGACCUGUCUCUGAACAAGGAACUUGGGACAAGGCUAUUUUGCCCUAAAAGAAAAGCCCCAUGGAGUAACUGCAUCCUAACAUAGGCAUGUUCCUAAAUUACUAGGGUUGGAUCAAGUUUUUCAAAAUAAAGGUGCAUAAGCUGCUUCA